AGUUCAUUGCAAGAAAAGGAUCAUCUUUAAAGAUGAAGAGGGCCAAAGCCUCCUCUCUUCUACUCUUUCUUGUGCUGUGCCUUGUCAUUCUAGCUGCAUUUUCCACAAUCGAGGCGCGAAAACACCAUGGAAAGAAGAUCAAAAUGCAUAAGAAUAAAAGGAGCAGAAAUGGAGAUGCAUCUCUUGCCCCUGCACCAUCUCCAUUGCCAAACUCCGGCCCUCCCGUGUUCAACAUCUUGUCGUUCGGAGCUAGGGCUAAUGGAGUCUCCGAUGACUCAAAGGCACUUCUAAAAGCUUGGAAAUCGGCCUGCAAAGUGACUGGAGGCAUUGUUGAGAUACCGGUGGGGCUCGAGUUUCUGAUCAAGCCCCUCACUCUGCAAGGACCAUGUAGGCCUAAUCUUGUUUUGCAGAUAGAUGGGACUCUUUUGGCCCCUUCAAAAGUCUGGUCGUCGCCAAAAUCCAGUUUAUAUCAAUGGAUGAAUUUCAAAUGGCUGCAGAAUUUCACCAUAAAAGGUGCAGGCACAGUUGAUGGCCAAGGCUCAAACUGGUGGGCUUCUUCUCAGCCUAAUCAAAAGAAAGCAAAGAGAAUUUCAGACGUCAAACCAACUGCUAUGAGAUUCUACAAAAGCUAUGAUAUAAAAGUGAACGAUAUAAGUAUCAUAAACAGCCCCUUGUGCCACCUCAAAUUCGAUGACUCGAAGCGAGUGAAGGUGAAAAAUGUGACAAUCUCUGCACCUGAAAACAGCCCAAACACUGACGGAAUCCAUCUCCAAAACUCCCAAGAUGUUGAAAUCCUUCACUCUGAUAUUGGAACAGGAGAUGAUUGUGUCUCAAUACAAACAGGUUGCUCCAACAUCCAUGUCCAUCACAUCAAUUGUGGCCCUGGCCAUGGCAUAAGCAUAGGAGGGCUAGGAAAGGACAAGCGCGUCGCGGCGUGCGUCUCCAACGUACUAGUGGAGAGCAUCGCGAUGCGCGGGACCCUCUACGGGGCGAGGAUCAAGACGUGGCAGGGCGGGCAAGGGUCCGUCAAGAACGUGACAUUCUCCGACAUACAGGCCACAGACGUUAAGGUUCCGAUCAUGAUCGAUCAAUACUACUGCGACAAAAACGUGUGCAAGAAUCAAACAGGGGCCGUGUCGAUCUCUGGGGUUCGAUUCGAUGGGAUCAGGGGGACUUAUGCGGCGCAGCCGAUCCAUCUGGCGUGCAGCAGCUCGGUGCCGUGCAUAGACGUCGAGCUGGUGGGCGUGGAGCUCGAGCCGUCGGCGAGGUACGGCGGAUUUCAGGCGGCGAUGUGCUGGAAUUCGUAUGGGAAGACGUCGGGGCGGCUGGCUCCGGCGUGCAUGGACGAUUGUGUGAGGAGUGGGGGUGAUGUUGUGAGGAGAAUUUCUAGGUCUCGUGAGGCUAGGUGCUGGUAAGAUUAUGGUAGAAUGUGUAAAUAAGUUGAGUUGAGUUUAUUAUGUUUUCUUUGAGAUAAAUGAAUGAAUGUGUUGAAAAACUA